CAACAGAGUGUCCGAUAGCACUUAUCGACUGGCAGGCAACGCGGUGUGGAUUUCGUUCGUUUUUCUGCAUUUUCACUGGGAUUCGCUUUGAAAUUGAAUAACUCCAUUAAGAUGGCUGGCAAGCGACAGGCCACCUCGAACCUGAACCACGACAACUGGGACCAGGAGGAGGAGCCCGAGGAGCGCGGCACCUUCCGCACGGCCAGCGAACAGGAGCUGAAGACACGCGUUAUCAAAAAGGCGCGCCGCAAGAUUGCCGGUGGAUCCUCUGCCGCUGGCGAGGAUGGCGCAGAGGUCACGCCGGCGGAGCCCAAGAGCGUGUUUAGCGGAUUCGCUGGUUUCGGAAAGCCGGCGGCAAGCACAGCGGCGGCUUCCCCGUUCUCGUUCCUCGCCAGUCUGCCGGCUCCAGCAGCCACCACCAGUAAGGCCUUCUCAUCCACUAGCGAGCCUGCUAAGCCCCUGUUCUCCUUCGGAAUGAGCUCCAGUGCGGUCGACAAGCCGGCCAGCUCUAGCAUUUUUGGCACACCCAGCAUCAGCAGCACGGCCCCGUCCUCUUCUACGGCCAAGGAAUCAACAAGUACCACCGAUGGCGCCAAGUCGACCUCCUCGAUUUUUGGCAACAUAUCAGAGUCGAAAAAGGAAAACAGCGAGCCCAAGACGUCGGUGCUUAGCAGCAGCAGCAAGCCAGCGAUCACCGCCUCUACAUCCACCUCUGAGAGCUCCGAGUACCGAGAAAGCGUGGCCGAACUAAAUCGGGCCGUCAUGAAGUUCCUGCAGGAGAACAUGGACAAGAGUCCCUAUUGUAUACUGACGCCAGUGUUUAAUAACUACGAGAAACACCUUAAGGAGCUACAGGACGAGGAGAGCGCCAGAACCAACAGCACGAAGACUGCUCCUGCACUGCCGAGUUUUGGAGUACCAACUGCGGUCGUGCCCAGUACAUCCUCACCCUCAAAGCCGACUUCCACGUUUUCCUUCGGCAAGCCCAGCACCCCGAUAGGCGGCCCCACAUCGCCCUUUGCCAAGAAGCCCAAUUGCACCGUCACCAGUGGGGGAACGACCACCACAUCCACAACUCCGAAGUUCUCCUUCGGCACAGCUGGAGAAGCCAAGGUCGAAGAUACCUUUAAGCCCAGCAUCUUCAGUUUUGGAGCAAAAGACACUACCGCCAAAAAAGACGAGCCUGUGCUUUCGCCACCCAAGACUAAUGGCUUUAGCUUUGGACUAAAGACCAGCAGCGACGAAAAGCCAAGCACCUCGUUAUUCGCAGGCUUUGGGAAAGCACCUGAAGUAGGAGGAGGAGAUGCCGCAAAGGGAUUCUUCUUCAACAGCAGUGCCAAGCCUUUUUCCUUCGGAAACGUUCAGCCGCCAGCAGCAGCUCCAUCCAGUGAAGAAGCGGAGGAUGAAGAAGACAAGCCGCCAAAAGUGGAGUUCAAACAGGUCGUAGAGGAUGAUGCUGUGUACUCAAAGAGGUGUAAGGUUUUCAUUAAAAAAGACAAGGACUUUGGCGACCGCGGCGUGGGCACGUUGUACUUGAAACCAGUCAAGGACUCUGAGAAGACCCAACUCCUAGUGCGCGCUGAUACCAAUCUGGGCAAUAUCCUCGUCAACCUCAUUCUAAGCGAGGGAAUACCCUGCCAGCGCAUGGGCAAGAACAACGUAAUGAUGGUCUGCGUGCCCACUCCAGAUGACAGCAAGGCCACUUCGCUGCUUCUGCGCGUAAAGACCGGAGACGAGGCAGACGACUUACUGAAGAAGAUCAAGGAGCACAUCAAGUAGAGAUAGACAGCUAAAACAUAAAUUCGUACAUCUAAAUGUUGUUUAAUCGUUUAUACUUUAAAUAAUAUACAAAUACGAACACCUGGAAAUAGAACACAAUAAUGUAUACAUAAUCA